AUGAUGAUCUCAGGCUGCAUGAACGAGAUCUUUGAAGACUUUAGACCUCAGGCUCAGAACGGCGAGCUGUGUUUUUCACUCGGCUCAUACGGAACAGGCCGACGACAUUUUGCUACAGCUCUCUCAACGCCCGUGGCGCUGCACGAUCCGAGUAUAUUUAGCUCCAGAAAUGGCCAUCAAACUCGCGCGCAGCUCAAAGCACACGGACAUGCAGGGCUCGACGUCAACUGGCCCUCUGGAUGCCCUACGCUCCUACGGGCUGUGGGUUCCGUCCACCAUUCAAUUGAGUUCGUGGCCCUAUCUUCCGAGUCAAAAGCGUUGAUCGCGCGAGCAUACUCUGACCGCCUCGGCUUACCGGACUUCUGUGCCGCCUGUGGCACCCUCGAAGACGCCAGAAACGAGGUCAACAAUUCCGGGUUACCAGCGUACAACCACACACUUUACCAGGCGUACACGCAGCCGUAA